UGGUAGAGUUGGCAACAUCACUUUACUUAGAAAAACAAUCUAGGUUCAAUUCAUGGAGUCGCACAUUUGGAAGAUAUAGUCUAACGAUCGUUAACUUAAAAAUUAAUCUUAUAGUGGAUUUAAAUUGGUCAAUAUAUACGAGAGUGUGUUUGAUAUUUUUCACACAUCAUAAAAAAUUUAAGAUGAUAGAAGGAGAAAUCAACAACUUCAUAAUGGUAUGGAGUGUAGCAACAAUAUUAUUUUGCUACAGCUACACAAUAGGGAAGUUGAUUCCCAAAGGUAAGGUAAGAUUUGUAACCCUAAUUCCACCCAUAAUAAUCCUCCUCCUUCUCCCUAUGAGACUCACCAUCGUCCAUCUUGUAGGCCCUUCUUCAUUCCUCCUUUCUUGGCUUUCCACCUUCAAACUCUUCCUCUUUGCAUUCUCCAAAGGCCCCCUCUCAUCCAACCCUCCACUCUCUCUCUCUCACUUUCUCCUAAUUGCCUCAUUUCCCAUCAAGUUAGCAAACCAUGCAAACCAAACUAAAAUAAAAGUUGUACCUAUAAAUUGUCCUAGUAAGUUAGUAAUCAUUUUCCUUUUCUCUUAUUUUUUUAUUCAUCUAUAUGAUAAGAAAGAAAAUUUUCAUCCAAUAAAUUUGAUGAUCUUAUACACUCUCCACCUCUAUGCGGGAUUAGAAAUAUUUCUUGUAUUGAUUAGUACAUUAUCUAGCAAACUUCUUCAUGUAGAGUUGGAGCAACCUUUCAAUAAACCAUACUUAAGCACAUCAGUGCAAGACUUUUGGGGAAGAAGGUGGAACAUCAUGGUCACGCGUAUCCUACACCCUACCGUAUACAAACCAAUGGUGAAUGCUUCUAGCCAUUUCAUCGGAAGAAAAUGGGCUCCACUCCCUGCCGUGGUGGCAACUUUUACAGUGUCAGGUUUGAUGCAUGAGCUAAUAUUUUAUUACAUAAAACGUGAAAAGAAGGAUACAUGGGAAGCUUGGGAACCAUGUUGGGAUUCAAUGUGCUUUUUCUUCAUCCAUGGGGUGUGUUUGGCUCUUCAAAUUGCGUAUAAGAAGGUAUUUGAACCAAAACGUGAAUUAUUGCCAAGGGUUGUGUCUUGUAUACUUACAAUGGUUUUUGUGGUGUCUACUGGAAUAUGCCUCUUUGUGCCGGCUCUUGUUAGGUGUGGUGUGUUUGAGAAGGCAAGAACAGAAUCUAUUGUCUUUGUUCAAUUCGUAAAGAAUAUAUAUGUUCAACGUGGUCACUCUCUACAUGAAGGAUGAUCCCUAUUGCUACAUGUAGUUUGUUUUUGUCUGGGGUUUUCCCUUUUCCUUCAUAAUUUUAUUUUUGACAUAUUGAUGAAAUUUGUUAGAUGUUGAAUAUAAAAAUACUUUACCCUUGAAAUGCAUGUGUAUUCUUCAAAGGGAAAUGAUAUUUUGGA